UGCGCGACUCUGUGUUUGCCACGUACAGGUCGAGUCACUUCCGGAUGUGUAGCGCUUCUCGAAUCUAGUCCAGUGGAUACUGGUCCUGUUAAAAGACUGUGUGCCGCUGCGGGAUCAACAGCCUAAACACCAGCAGUAUGAAUGGCCAGCUGGACCUGAGUGGGAAGCUGAUCAUCAAGGCUCAGCUAGGCGAUGACAUCCGCCGUAUCCCCAUCCACAAUGAAGACAUCACCUACGACGAGCUCUUGCUCAUGAUGCAGCGCGUUUUUCGCGGCCAGCUCCAGAGCAGCGACGAAGUCGCCAUCAAAUACAAGGACGAAGAUGAUGACCUUAUCACCAUCUUUGACAGCUCUGAUCUGUCCUUCGCCAUCCAGUGCAGCAGAAUAUUAAAGCUCACUCUAUUCGUGAACGGGCAGCCGCGGCCGCUGGAGUCGUCUCAGGUUAAACACCUGCGCAAGGAGCUGAUCCAGCUGAGGAACCGAAUCAACAGCCUGCUGGACAGCCUGGAGCCGCCCUCAGAGCCUGCACUGGAGAGCAACCACCCUGAAACGGAAUGUGUGGAUGCUGUAUACACAGCAGUGAAGCAGGCUCCUCCAGUCAGCGCUGCUAGCAUGUCUGCCUUUGACCCCUUGAAGAACCAAGAAGAGGUCAGCAAGAACGUUAUCUCAGCGUUUGGCCUGUCUGAAGAGCCUGCUCCAGCCCCAGCAGUGGCUGCAGUGGAAGAGCGCUCUGGCACUCCUGACAGUAUUAACUCAUCCUCCUCUGCAGCUCAUCCUCCUGCAGGGGCUCAGGGUGCCCCACCUUACUCAGGGGUUCAGCAGUCUUCUACCACCACAAUCGAUGGUCAGAUGUAUCAGCAGUAUCAAGCUCCAGGUGGCUAUCCUCCUCAGCAGGCGGCCGCUCCUCAGCAGCAGUAUGGCAUGCAGUACCCUGCGGGUUAUACUACUCAGCCUGGUGGCCCUCAAGCCCCUCCGUCUCAGCAACAGUUCCAGAAUUACCCUACCCCUACAUCUCAGGCUGCUGCUCCUGGCUCCGCUCCUGGAUUUAGUGCCCAGUCACAGGCUCAGCCCCCUCCCCAGGCUCAGGGUACAAGCCAGUAUCCACCACCUCAGUUUCCUUCUCAGACCUACACUUCCCAGGCCUCUCAGCAGCCAGCCAACUACAGCCUGCCGCCCACCUCCCAGCCGGCCCCGGGGUAUCAGACUCGUCCUGCAUACACCCCGCCCCCAGGUGUGACCCCGCCCCCCGGGGGCUCCAAUCCCUAUGCCCGCAACCGGCCCCCUUACGGCCAGGGCUACACUCAGCCCGGCCCCGGCUACCGGUAAAAACCAGCUGCAGCACUAGAGUACAACAGAUCAAACCCCAACGUGUUGUGUGUGUGUGUGUGUGUGUGUGUGUGUGUGUGUGAGAGUGUGUGUGUGAGUGAAUGUGAUAAAUUGAAUUUGUGUGUGGUUGCACAGAUGAGACCAAACGGCGUAGGAGUUGAGAGCUGUGUGUGUUUUUGGAGUGAGAACAACCUGUGCAUGUGUGUUUUGGUUUGUUUUGGAGUGCGUACGAGUUUUAUUUUAACACUUGUCUACUCGUUGGUGUUAUUGUGUGUUAAAUCAUACGUCUGCUUUCUGUUGAAACACUAGAUAUAAUCACAGCUGAAGGAAAUUACAUAGUUUAAUUCUCUUUCCACCCCCCCCCCUUCAUUCUCUCCUUUUCAUCAUUCCCCCUCUCCUAGUUUUUACUAAUACCUGACUGGCCCUGUACGGUGGCCCAAGUCAUUCUGUAUAAACUGUAACAUUUGUUUUCUGGAGGUGAAUAAAGACUUUAAAACUAAA